UUAAGGAUCCACCACCACCACCACCACCCCUCCCUUCUUCCGAGGAAGUAGUCCCCGUAUCCUUGCCCCAAAAGGCCUUGGUGUUUGUGGCCUCUCCGGCCGCCACAAUUCCCUCGCAUGCAGCUGCGCCCUGUCCAUCUUCCACUUGUUGAAUGUCGACUUCUUCUUCUUCUUCUUCUUCGGCUUCUUCUUCUUCGGUGAUGGAGAAGAGGGGCACCGUCCUCUUGCAACGGUACGAACUUGGACGCCUGCUGGGGCAGGGGACGUUCGCGAAGGUCUACCAUGCGCGCAACGUCGCCACCGGGCUCGCCGUCGCCAUCAAGAUCAUCGACAAGGAGAAGAUCCUCCGCGUCGGCAUGAUCGACCAGAUCAAGCGCGAGAUCUCCGUCAUGCGGCUGGUCCACCACCCUAACAUCGUCCAGCUCUACGAGGUGAUGGCCACCAGGACCAAGAUCUACUUCGCCAUGGAGUACGUGCGUGGCGGCGAGCUGUUCAACAAGGUGGCCAAGGGCCGGCUCAAGGAAGACGUGGCCCGGAAGUACUUCCAGCAGCUGAUCGCGGCCGUCGACUUCUGCCACAGCCGCGGUGUCUACCACCGCGACUUGAAGCCCGAGAACCUCCUGCUGGACGAGAAGGGCGAUCUCAAGGUGUCCGACUUCGGGCUGAGCGCGCUGGGCGCGUCGAGGAGGCAGGACGGGCUCCUCCACACCACGUGCGGCACUCCCGCCUACGUCGCGCCGGAGGUCAUCACCAAGAAGGGCUACGACGGGUCCAAGGCCGACAUCUGGUCCUGCGGCGUCAUCCUCUUCGUGCUGUUGGCAGGCUAUCUCCCGUUCCACGACUCCAACAUCAUCGAGAUGUACCGCAAGACCAGCCGAGGAGAGUUCAAGUGCCCCUACUGGUUCCCGUCGGAGGUGAAGAAGCUGCUCGCCCGGUUGCUCGACCCCAACCCCACCACCAGGAUCACCGUCUGCAAGCUGAUCGACAACCCCUGGUUUCGCAAAGGAUACAGAGCAGUGAAUCACCAGCUGCGAAUGAAGCGAGACGAAAGCCUGCGGGACGUGCGGGAGGCAUUCGCCAGCGAUGCCGACGAGGAAGAGGAGAAGAAGCAAGCGACGUCCUCGUCGUCAUCGAUCAGGCCUGCUAGCUUGAACGCGUUCGACAUAAUCUCGCGGUCGUCUUCGUUCGACCUCUCGGGGCUAUUCGAGGAGGAGAAGGGCCGGCGGGCGGAGGCCCGAUUCGCGACGCAGAAGCCCACCGAGGCGAUCGUGUCGAAGCUGGAGGAGAUCGCGAGGACGGAGAGGUUCCGGGUGGAGAAGAAGGACGGGGUAGUGAAGCUGGAGGGCAGCCACGAGGGGAGGAAGGGGCAGCUGGCGGUGGAGGCAGAGAUCUUCGAGGUGACGCCGGCGCUGUACGUGGUGGAGGUGAAGAAGUCGGCCGGCGACACGCUGGAGUACCAGCGAUUCUACGACCAGGGCCUGAAACCUUCGCUGAAGGACAUCGUGUGGGAAUGGCAAAUGGCGGAUCAGUCGCCGCCGCCACCGCCGCCGCCGCCAUCGGUGCUUCCACCACGGCUACCGCCAUCGUCGGCUCGUGUAAAGCAUCAAUGAUCGAGUGGUUUCAUGAAGUCGUCAUGUCCUGCUUUGCGUGCCCUGCGAUAUAUGCGGCGUGUUAAUCACGCUUGCCUUCAUGCAUGUUCGAAUAGUU